AAAAGCACACACGCCAGAACAAAACCGAGAAAGCCAGCGCAGAGGCAAAUCAAAUCGAAUCGCCCAAAGGAGGCGACGAGCCGCCACCACCAGGAGCAGCAGCAGCAGCAGCGAGAACUCUCAGCCCAGGUGCGGCGGAGCAGAGGCGUCGUCGGCGAGCACGACGCCGUGGGGUUCGGCGGGGACCGGAGCCCCACGGCCCGCCGUGGAGCGGCGUAGCCGGAGACCUCCGAUCCUGGCCAAUGUCGGUGGGGAGAGCAGCGAAAUCGCUUAUGGAGUGGAGGCAGAGCUGUUGCGUGUAGGAGAUGUGGGGAUUGGGUAUUGGAGACUGAAGUUCUGCAAGUGCGAUUUGCUGCCGUGAAAUUGCGGAGGUUGUGUUGAGAGAUUGGGAACCAUGGAUUCACGGAUGGAUCAGUACGAGGUUAUGGAGCAGAUUGGCCGUGGCGCCUUUGGUGCUGCCAUCCUCGUGAACCACAAAACCGAGAAGAAAAAGUAUGUGCUAAAGAAAAUUCGGCUCGCUAGGCAAACAGAGCGCUGCCGCAAGUCUGCCCAUCAAGAGAUGGCCCUUAUUGCUCGCCUGCAACACCCUUACAUUGUUGAGUUCAAGGAAGCAUGGGUUGAGAAGGGCUGCUAUGUUUGCAUUGUGACGGGAUACUGUGAAGGUGGUGAUAUGGCUGAACUGAUGAAGAAAGCAAAUGGAACAUACUUUCCAGAGGAGAAACUACUGAAAUGGUUUGCUCAAUUGGCACUAGCCGUGGACUACCUGCAUUCGAACUUUGUUUUGCAUCGGGACCUCAAGUGCUCAAACAUAUUUCUUACGAAAGAUCAGGACAUCCGUCUUGGGGAUUUUGGCCUGGCUAAGACUUUAAAGGCAGAUGAUUUAACCUCUUCGGUUGUGGGAACACCAAACUAUAUGUGCCCAGAGCUGCUUGCAGACAUCCCUUACGGAUUCAAGUCAGACAUAUGGUCUCUUGGAUGUUGUAUGUACGAGAUGGCUGCUCAUCGACCUGCGUUCAAGGCAUUUGAUAUGGCUGGACUAAUAAGUAAGAUAAAUCGCUCCUCCAUUGGCCCUUUACCUCCAUGCUAUUCUUCAUCUAUGAAAACACUUAUCAAAAGCAUGCUCAGGAAGAGUCCUGAACAUCGGCCUACAGCAUCCGAGAUUCUGAAAAACCCAUACCUGCAACCUUAUGUUAAUCAAUACCGCCCAUUUGCUGAUGUAGCGCAUCCCAUUCACUCACUGGAGAAACCCAUUACCAGCUCACGAAGCAGUCAGAAAAGCAUGUCUGGGAGUCAAUGUAGUAGUAUUUCUGGAAGUGAUAUAGACAGCAUACAAUCAAGUGAAAGGAACACAUCAGGACCAUCAACGAGUUCCAACAACACCAAUGAUACUGAAGUUGCGGAAGCUACUGAUCAUGUGCCAGUGAAAAAAAGUUCCAGAUCGGAUGAUAUUAAAAGCACUAAGGAAGCUGUGGGUCCUGAACUAGAGAGACAGGAUUCAUCUAAAUCCAUACAUGUCGAUCAACGACCUAGAAACGAGAUAAAGCAGCCAAAAACAAUCAAGAAGAUACUAACAACUCUAAGAGAAGAGAGCAAGCUCAGGAAAAAUAAUUCACCUGUUAGAGCUACCCGUUUAAAGCUUUCACCUAGUAGUAGAGAACAAUUGUCUGAUGAUUCAAAGCAUAGCAGUGACAUCUCCAGUUCAAGAUCCAGUGAAGUGACAUCACGUGAAUCAGCAAAGGUCACCUGUGAACCUGUGAAACGGAUGCAGCCAUCUCCUCAUUUGAAGCAUUUGUCCCCUAUUGUUGAACAUUCUCCAAAGGCUAAAAUUAAAGAGGAUGAGCCGCUGCAGCCAGACCCUGCCAAGAAGGCCAUGGAAGAGGCUGAUGCAACUGUUGCAAAGGCCAAGAACAGGACACCACCAAGUUUUACUAGACGCCAUUGUAUCCCCCCUCGUAGGCAACUGGGAGCAGAGAGUCCACUAGAUACUGAGACAAAACGAGCUCACAACAAGGUCAUCAAGGAGCGCGCAAAAAGUCCUUGCCGACCUAUCCAUGGUCCAGAUAGUGAUCUCAUUGAGCCUCCAGGAUUUCCAAUAGCUCCUCCAAGUCCUCUUGGGGGUGUACAGAUGAAAGCUGGCAAUUCACGGGCAAAAUCUGCUCCACCUAGGGCUGUAGCUAUCAAAGAAGACAGCAAUGCUUGUUCCAGUUCCACUAUUGGUUAUGCUGAAAGUAUCCAGCAGUCUGAACCAUCUAAACCGGAUGCAUCAACACAGUUGGCUUCAUCUUGCAAAUGCUCAAUCCCUGACACUGCCAUACAAAAACAUGACCUAAUAGCAACGACUAGUUCAGAGCUAAACACCACCAGUUUCCAGAAGAGCAUGGCUACUAAUGAUGAUGUUUGUGACAACAAAGCCUUGGGGCCAUCUUCUGGUAUGUCUGAGCAGGUAUGUAUCUUUAAGGACAACGUGCCCUGCAGUAAGAUAGCACCAAGCACUUCCACAGUCACUGUACAGAAUGACGAGGAUAAGUUUACAGUGCAAGAACUUCUUUCAUCCGUAGCAGAUAUUGCCCCAUUUGUUUCAACAAAAAACUAUGCACUAGACAAAGGAUCCCCUCCUAUCCAAUCAUUGGAGAGGUCAUCAUCUCCUCAUUUGAACCCUCCAAUUGAGGAUGUCAUACAUGUCAUAAGGCACAGCAGUUUCCGUGUCUGUGGUGAGCAGGCGGUAGCAGAGAAUGCUGAAGUGGGAGUCCAAAGUUCAGAUGCUGGCAAACUUCUCAACGUGGUGAGAGAAGAGUUGGACACAAGAAGCAUCCCGUCAAAUAAUCUUAUGCCUCAUAGACUUCCUGAUUCUGCUGCUCCCAAGCCCAAUGUUUCGGAAAAUAACACUGUUAGCCCGAAAACAUGUUCGGAUGCUGUAAAAUUUCCUACUACCCCUGAAGUAAAUUCUACUACUACUGAUAUCAACAACGGGUUCAAGGAGGAGGCAACUCCAACGAAGGAAAUACUAGAUGUCAAGUCCUUCAGACAGCGAGCCGAGGCCCUUGAAGGGCUCUUGGAGCUUUCUGCGGAUUUACUGCAGCACAACAGACUGGAGGAGCUUGCCGUUGUUCUAAAACCAUUUGGGAAGGAUAAGGUAUCUCCCCGAGAAACAGCAAUCUGGUUGGCCAAAAGUAUUAAAGGGAUGAUGAAUGAUGAAGCGAGUCGCAGUUCAAUGUGAGUACAAUACCCAUACGAGGGCAUAGCAUUGACCAUAUUACUUUGUUUUCAGCUUGUGCUCUGCAUCCCGAAAUGUUGUUUGAUCACGUCACCCUUAUUUACAUCAUGUGAUCCAUUGGUCCCAUGUUUGCAUCUCGUUAUUUUUCAUUCUUUACGGUACAUUUUGUAAAUAGUCCAGACUCUCGAACAGAAAUAAGACAUGCCAAAGUAUGAUGCAAAUCUAUAUAAUCAAGCUAACGGAAGGACUGGUCUGAUACGAUAUUUCUUU